UCGAGCACUGGCAGCAGAGUUAUUGAUUCAGAGCUAAGCGUCACUCUCUCCCCCUCUCUCCCCAAGUAAGCAGUUACGCCUUUCUGCUUCGUUGCAUUUAAUCAGAUUCCUACAGCUACAGAGUCGAAGCAGAGAAUUAGAUUUUUUUUUUUUAGAAAAAAAAAGUCUGCCUCUUAAUAAUGUUUACUUCAAAAUCCAACUCGGUCUCUCCUUCCCCCUCCAUGGAUCAGACAGAUUUGGGUGCCUUGGAUAUCCGCACCAAAGUGCAGCUGUAUGGAGUGCUCUGGAAGAGACCGUUUGGGAGACCGUCAGCCAAAUGGUCCAGAAGAUUCUUUAUCAUCAAGGAAAGUUUUCUGCUUUACUAUGCUGAGAGUGAAAAGAAGAACUUUGAAAAUAAUCGGUACUUCAAUAUCCAUCCAAAGGGUGUCAUACCUCUUGGUGGAUGCAUCGUAGAAGCCAAAGAAGAAUCCAAUAUGCCUUAUGCAAUGAAAAUCUCUCAUGAGGACUUCCAUGGCAACAUUGUACUAGCAGCAGAAUCAGCUUAUGAGCAAUCCCAGUGGCUGGAGAUGCUUCAGGAGUCUGGAAAAGUGACCUGGAGAAAUGCGCAGCUGGGUGAAGCCAUGAUUGAGAGCCUUGAAGCUCAGGGACUACAACUGGCCAAAGAGAAACAAGAAUAUUUAGAUAAACUGAUGGAAGAAACAGAGGAGCUAUGUCUACAGAGGGAACAGAGAGAGGCCCUGGAGCAUCUCAACCAAGUAUUGGAGGCAGAAAAGCAGCAGUUUGAAGAAGUCGUACAAGAUCUUCGAGUGGAACAGGAGCAGAUUAAACGAGAGCUGGAAAUGACUGCCCAGUCCCUCAGAGGAGUAGAAGAAGAAAAGAAAGGACUGCAAACUCUGACAGAAGCAUUACAGAAGACAUUGGAAGAACUCUCUCUGGAAAAACAAAGCAUGCUGGAGAGGCUGGAAGAAGAUGGAAGUCACUUGCAGCCCCAAAAGAGCCCUUCGGAGCAAACCAGUGCCACUGGGGACCUGCAGAAUAGCCUCCAUCAGAUUGAGGAGAAAAUGCACCAGCUGCUCAAGGAGAAACUCUUAGCAGAGAAAAGAAUGAAGGAGAAUGAAGAACGCUCCCGAGCUCUGGAAGAAGAAAGGGAGUUCUAUUCCUCCCAGUCUCAGGCCCUACAGAAUUCCCUAUCUGAGCUGACAGCUGAGAAGCAGAAGACUGAGAGAGACCUCAAGGCAGAAGUGAAGGUGCGUAUGGACCUGGAGAAACGCUUGCAGGAGGCUGAAGAGGCCCUGCAGAGCCUUGAACAAGGCCUAAACUGCAAGCAUCGCAACAAAGAGAAGGAGGAAAAAAUGAAAGCGGAUGUCAGCAACCUGAAAAAAUUCUUUGAAGAAUGUAUCCGGAAUGCUGAACUAGAAGCCAAGAUGCCAGUAAUCAUGAAAAAUUCUGUGUACCUUCACAAGGCUGCCACUCGCAGGAUAAAAAGCUGCCGAUUUCGUCGUAGCAGAUGUAGCAAUUCAUGGAAUAGUUUGCGGCAAUCACAAUCAUUCAUGUACUCAGAAGCAGAAAACAUAGAAGAGCUGAAGCAAGCCGCCAAGAAGCUAAGCCAGGACCAUCAUUUCCGGGAAACCAUCUAUCAAAUCAUGGAGUCACAUCCGGAUUCUUCCUUGGUCAACAAAAAGUGAACCUCGCCCACCCUAUUGCCAGGGGAGUUCUAGGCUCAGCUUGUCAUUUCAUUCAGCCAAAGCCAAAUUGAUUCGUCUAGACACAGCAGAAGUAUGAUAGCAGUGGAAUUUCAUGAGGAAGUGAAUGGCACACUUUUCAUUGUAGAGCAUUGUGGUUGGACCAUUAUUCUCAAACGAGAGUUCCAUGUAGCUUGCUGUAACUCCUUGGCUGUCCAUUCCUGUCAUAUUAACUGGCUCUGCUUUCUUCUCAACUUCCUUUAUCAAGAUCCAUGGUUUUAAAAAAUGCCCAGCCUGUCCUUUAAUACCAGGAAGAAAUACAUACAGUAUAUGAAAUAGGUACAUCAGGUGAUGAGCCUAGGGAGUAAAUCAUCUAUAAAGAGAAAGAUACUACAACUUCAGGGGUGGGUUACUACCAGUUCGCACCUAUUCGCCAAAACCAGUUGUUAACAUUCUAAGCAGUUA